AGAUCCGUUAUUGGGGUGCUGUUUGGGUUUACGGCUAACCCAGCCAGCAUUAUUGCAAACUCACGAGCACAAGCAACCCAAACCCACAACAAAGAAAAGCGUUCGAGUCUCCAACCAUUUGUCUCUCACAGUUCUUCUUCUUCUUCUUCUUCUUCUUCUGCAAAUUUCUGCGGCCCAAAAUCCUAUACAAAGGUCAUUAUAAGAAGGGGUGACAUAAGAAAAAAAGAAAUAAGAUUGUUCACCUUCUCAAACUUAUGUGGAAGAGGCCUAAGAGGAGACAUUGAUGUGGAGAUCAUUUUGAAUAAAAAUGGAUGGAUGAGAGGAAGAAUGCUAAGAUAUCUGGAAGUUGAACUUUUUUCAUGCAGAGACUCAUAUAUAUGGCUUCCAAUCAAUAUUAGCUAAAGAUGGAUGUGGUGACUGCAAUAAGAGAUGCAGAAUGGAGUUCAUGGGCGGAAGAGAAGAAUAGUAUGGAGCAGAUCUAAGAGAGGAAUCAAUCCAUGAAAAUUAAUGAUGCAGAUUUUGAUUAUUAGGAGGGUAAUUCUUCAAUGAAAGAUGCUCCUGAAAGAGGUUUACGUAUAGAUUCUUCGGCUGCUACUAGUGGAACGAAGGGAUUGGGGAUGCCCCAAAGUAAUUCAGAAUCAAAGAAAAGAAGAAAGAAGCUGAAGGGUAGUCAUACUGCCCUUGAAACUAGUUGUAGAGAUUGUGAUCCUCCAGGAGGUACCUCUUUAUUGAAUGCAAGUUCACUGGAAAUAGAUCAAUCUCAUCAACCUCCGGUCAAAUCAUGCCUGAAGUUGGAGCGAGAAACUGCUCAAUCUACUGUAGAAGUAAGCUGUUCUCAAGUAAACAUUGAGAGAAAGAAGCAAAAUGAGAGGCAGAAUGGCUCAGAAAUCAACGUUAUAGACUGUGAUAUUCAAGAAGGUGGUACAAAUGUUAAGAAUUUUGAGAAAGAUGAGACUUCUGUUUUCAAAAUUUCAGAGAUGAACUCAUCAGAUUUAAAGGAUAACUUUGUCGUUGUUGGAGAGCAAACAGGAUGUCCCAAGAGUGCAAAUACUGGUUUAAUUGAGAAAUGUGAUCACGAUUUAGAGAAUAAAUAUGUUUCACUUGUUCAGAGGAAUGUUAAAACCUAUAGUAGGAGGAAAAGAAGCAGAACUGAUAGCUGGAUACAUAGAAAGAGGAAUGUUAAAACCUAUAGUAGGAGGAAAAGAGAAGGAACUGAUAGCAGGAGAAAGGGAAAGUCCUCUGCUUCCUUUCAAAAUGCUUUGGAAGAGGGUAUGAGGGACCCUUUGUGUCGUUGUUCAGAUGAAGUACCAACUGCCAGGUUACAGGAGAAGAAGGUAGAUAGAGCAGUUUUAGUGGAGCAUGCUACCUCAGUACAGGUUAUGGAACAUAUGUUGGUGGAGGAAGCCCCGUUUUGCCUUCCAGAUGGUGAACCUGUAUCUGGGGACUGCGAGGAGAAAAUUGAAAUAAAGAAUUUGGAAAAGAAUUCUUGCGAACUUAGUUCUGCGAAUGAUGUUUCUGUAGCAGGCAUCCCAAACGCACUCUUGGAACAGAAAAAUGGGGCAAAGCAUCAUAAGAUCCAAAUCACAAGAGGAGAGAUGUUUCGUGGAAAUGGAGAUUUUGAUGAACCUGAAUCAUAUGGUGAGGGGGAAACUUCUAAAUCUGGAUGUGGUUCUUCCUGCAAGCCACUAGAGCAGAUGGAUAUUGAGAUAGAAACCAAGAUGGAAGGAAGUCCUUCAUCACACUCGGGUUUAGGAAAAAAUGAUGCUGAUUUGGAUGUUAUCAUCACAGAGCAGAAUGUUUCACAAAUAUCAAACUCUCCACCAGAAAGAGCUCUUAUGGAUUCGUAUAAGAAAAAGCUUCUCAUUCUUGAUGUGAAUGGACUGCUUGUUGAUAUUGUUUCUUGUGUUCCUCAUGGAUGUAAAGUAGACAUAAUGAUAUCAGGGAAAGCAGUUUUUAAGAGGCCUUUUUGUGACGAUUUUCUACAGUUUUGCUUUGACAGAUUUGUUGUGGGUGUCUGGUCAUCAAGAAUCAAGAGGAACAUGGACAGGCUAAUCGAUUUUCUUAUGGAAGAUUCCAGAGACAAGUUGCUCUUCUGCUGGGAUCAAUCACACUGUACCAGUACCGGAUUCACUACUAUCGAGAAUAAAGAGAAGCCUCUGCUCUUGAAGGAACUUAAAAAAUUAUGGGAAAAGCUUGAGCCUAAUCUCCCAUGGGAAAAGGGGGAGUAUAGUGAAGCAAACACAUUAUUGCUGGAUGAUUCACCAUACAAGGCUUUACUUAAUCCGGUGAACACGGCAAUAUUUCCCCAUACAUAUCGCUAUAAGGACGAGAAAGAUACGUCAUUAGGCCCUGGAGGUGAUCUUCGAGUUUAUCUCGAAGGGUUAGCUAUGGCAGAGGAUGUUCCAAGAUAUGUGAAGCAGAAUCCAUUCGGUCAGCGUGCCAUUACGGAAGCAAACCCAUCAUGGGGUUUCUAUCGUAAGAUAGUAGAGGCCAAUGCAUACCCUCAUCAAGAUGACGCCAAUACUUCUUUUGUUGCCAGUAGUGGUGCUCUUCAUAUAAUGCCCAACACAUAAAAAUUUGGAGAAACUUUCAUGGAUUCUGGAGUUGCUGGUGGGAAUACAAGGUGGGUUUUUUGAGUCGUCCAGAGAUGAGUAGGCUUUGUACUAUAAACAUACAUGCUUCCCACCUUCAGAUGAAAGGCCUUUUUGUAUCACUGAUCCUUGACUUUUUGCCCCCUAACCACAAUGCUCAACAUUAUUCCAAGUAAAAUCAAAAGGCAUUCUUUUGUUUUGUUUAGUUUUAGCUAUUACAUUAUCAGAAUAUGAUGUACCAAGUAUAGGACUCUACUAGACCUGAAGUGGGCUAUUUAUUAUAUUAACAAAGUGGGAAUCUUUUGACAUAAAA